CUGCUAGUUUGGCCGCAUCAAACUUUGCUAAUGAAAUGAGAACGCAGGCCCUGCAGUUUGACCAGACUGGGUUUUCUGACAACACGAAGCGACUGCUUGGCAAAUUAAUAUACAUUGGUGAUGCUGCUUUGGAAAACCAGGAAGAUUUGGAAGAGCUGACUAACUUACUAUCGGACAUGGAGACUCGCUAUGCAACAGGAAAACCUUGCAAGGAGGACGGUACCUGCUAUUCUUUAGAACCAGAUCUCACCAGGAUCAUGGCUGAGUCACGUGACUACCAAGAACUUUAUUGGGCAUGGGAUGCCUGGCGCGAUGAGGUCGGAGCUCCAGCCCGACAGGAUUACGUCCGAUACGUCGAACUGAAAAAUAUGGCUGCUCAAGCCAAUGAUCAACCUGACAACGGAGCUUACUGGCGUUCUUGGUAUGAGGUGGAUAAUCUAGAAGAAAUGACCGAGGAUCUAUACAAUCAGCUCUCACCACUUUACACCAACCUACACGCUUAUGUUCGCAGAAAGUUAUACAAUGUGUAUGGCAGCGAUUAUAUCAACCUGCGUGGACCUAUUCCUGCUCACAUACUUGGUAAUAUGUGGGCCCAAUCCUGGCUCCAACUCCUAGAUCUCUGCCAGCCAUUCCCUAAUAAACCUAGUGUAGAUAUCACGCCAGUCCUUAUUGAAAAGGGUUAUACUCCCCUGCAAAUGUUUCAAGUCUCAGAUGAGUUUUUUGCAUCACUUGGACUGAUCCCCAUGCCUGAAGAAUUCUGGAACGAAUCGAUGAUUGAACGACCAAGCGAUGGACGUGACGUUGUAUGCCAUGCUUCAGCUUGGGACUUCUACAACCAAAAGGAUUUCAGAAUCAAACAAUGUACUGAUAUAACCAUGGAUGAUUUCAUCACCAUUCACCAUGAGAUGGGACAUGUUGAGUAUUUCCUACAGUACAAGGACCAACCAGUUUCAUACCGUGACGGCGCAAAUCCUGGAUUCCACGAGGCCGUAGGCGAUGUACUCGCUCUGUCGGUCGCGACACCAGCCCAUCUCUAUUCCGUUGGUCUCCUGGAUGAAGUCGUGGAUGAUGAGGAGGCCGAUCUGAAUUUUUUGAUGAGCAUGGCACUGGACAAGAUUGCUUUCCUUCCUUUUGGGUACCUCAUGGAUCGAUAUAGAUGGAGAAUCUUUGACGGAACUACCCCCGAAUCAAAGUAUAAUGAAGACUGGUGGAAACUAAGACUGCAAUACCAGGGCAUCAUCCCACCUGUAACCCGUACCGAAGAAGAUUUCGACCCUGCAGCCAAGUUCCACAUUCCUUCUGACGUACCUUAUAUCAGGUAUUUCAUCAGUUUUGUCAUACAGUUCCAAUUUCACGAUGCUUUGUGCAAAGCAGCAGGACAUGUUGGUCCUCUUCAUAAAUGUGAUAUUUACCAAUCGAGCGAAGCUGGUACACUUCUGUCAGACAUGCUGAAAAAGGGUUCAAGUGAGCCUUGGCCUAACGCCAUGGAAGCGAUCACCGGUUCUCGUGACAUGAAUGCUACUGCUCUUGUUACUUACUUCCAACCCCUGAUUGACUAUCUGGAAGCAGAGAAUGAACUAAAUGGUGACAUUGCAGGAUGGCCAGACACAUACACACCAGCAGAUCCAAACUUUGGCGUAACAGUACAGCCUUCUACGACAGCGAUCUUCCUUUGCAUAUUCAUUAUACUUGCGAGAAUAUUUUAGGAAUCAAGAUUAGUAAUUCUUGAAUAGCUUACUCCUCACCGUGAUCUGUUUCAUCAGAACGAUUAUCAUGAUGCAAAAAAUAUUUUGUGUCUUUUGACUUCAUCAGGUGUGACAUUUUUUUUGUUCACAAAAAACUUCAAAAGUGUGUAUUAUAACAAAAAGGCAACUCUGCGUAAUACCGACGUAAAAUUUAGUGCUCUGUGACUAUACUUAUGUGAUCUGAUCAACAAAUAUCCUUUCACUAACAGAUUAGUUAAUGUCCGUAGGACCAACGAAGAAAUUCUGUUUUAAUAUCCGAACUAAAGUUGAAGUCGAAUAAUAGUGGAUUAAUGAAAUAGUAAUAAUAAAUUAACUUCUAUAUGCCGGUCUUAACCCAAGUAUUGGUAUUCGAAUACGAUUAUUCACGUUUAGGGCUUUAUAUAUAUUCCAUAUCACAAACUACUAUUUUUCUUCAAUUAUGAGAAUAGCUACGAUGUUUUCUGUAAUAGUUAAAUAGCAAUGCAAUAAUAGAUGCAUUAUUGCACAAAAUUUGUAAUCUAGAUUAUAUAGAUAAGUUAGUGUUGUACAAAUUUACAAACAGUAAUUUUAUUUGGAUAUUAGAAAAUGAAGAUAAAUUCUUAGACAUAAUUUGUAAUUCAGAAGAGCAUUGGUUUUUACUUGAGUUGAGAUCGGGACAUAAUUUUGUAGUUAUGUUCUUAUGACACGGAAUUCCAGUGUUCAUCGAUUUCUGGGUAAAUCUAAUACAGUUAAGUGGAAAUAAAACACGAAGACUUGACAAUUUCGAAA